CGCCACAAUUAGCGGCGUUUCACGUUUUCACGAAGAAAACAAGUACGUUUAAAGUAUUUUGCAUCGUAAUUUUUUGAAAAACAAGGUUAAGAAUGUCGUACAAAGGACCACAAAAGGUUCAAAAGGUUAUGGUACAACCCAUAAACCUUAUAUUUCGAUAUUUGCAAAAUCGGUCACGGGUACAAGUUUGGCUUUUCGAAAACAUUCAUCUGAGGAUCGAGGGUCACAUUGUCGGCUUUGAUGAAUACAUGAAUUUAGUUUUGGAUGAUGCCGAGGAAUAUCAUUUGAAGACGAAAAACAGAAAACCACUUGGACGUAUAAUGUUAAAAGGAGAUAAUAUAACGUUAAUUCAAAAUACUAAUCCUACUGCUAAUUGAAUUGAAGAAGUUAACCUCAAAAAAAAGGGCAUUUGUAUGUCAUACAUUUAAGCACAAGAUCUACUGCAAGUGUCCUUCACUGAUCAACAUCAAGAAGAUAAAAUAUGUGCAUUAUAAAUGAUUAUGAUAUUAUAGUGCGACUCAGGGACAUACUUAGGACAAAAAUAUUGAAAUCUUAAAAAAGGGAGAACUUAAUGUCUAUCUUGCUCUAUGAUUGACGCUACAACAAUUCAUUCAUCGACUCAUCUUUACUUUUUUUAAUUAAACUGUUUAAUGUUCUUCCUAAUGUGGUAUGCAUUUUAACAUACUGCACGUACUAAAAUUAUAAACUAAAAAUAUGUACUAUGAAUGUCUACUGUGAAUGUUA